AUGGCGACGGUGGCCGUGGACGUUGGCGUCGACGCGGUGGGCGCACUGAUCAGCGAGUACGAUGGGUUGGCGCUGGAGCUCGUGGCGUUCUCCAUCGCCGUCGUCGUCCUCCGCUACGCCGCGGUGCUCUACGCGAACCACCUGUUCGACAGCCUGAGCGAGCUGCAGGCCGCGGUCGGCGCCGGGCUGGGCUUGGGCGACGGUGGCGGCGACCGGCGCGGUGGAUCGUCGUCGGGCGGCCUCGACUCGGCCGCCAUUGCGCGGCUGCCGUGCUUCGUGCUCUCGCGCCGCCACGGAGGUAGUGCCGGCGGCGCCACGGUGGCGGCGGCGGAGUGCGCGGUGUGCCUUGGCGCCGUCGAGGAAGGGGAGACGGUGCGCGCGCUCCCCUGCUGUCCGCACGCCUUCCACGCCCGCUGCGUCGACGCCUGGCUGCGCCUCCGGCCGACGUGCCCCUUGUGCCGCGCGGACGUGCCUGUGCCGGCGAGGCCGACAGCUUCACGGGCCAGGCACGUGUCUCCCGGUGACGUGCUCGCAAAUUGAUCUCACGCGAGACUCGAGAGCGUGCGGGGUGAGAAAUCUCACUUCCAGAAUCCCUUCUGUUCAUUCUAGUGCUAGCUCAAAUUUUCUUUCUUUUUCUCAUUUGAUCGUGUCGAAUCUGAUGUAUACGUACAGAAAAUGUUUUCUCAUUUAGCCAUUGUUAAUUCCAUUCCAUAUUUCCA